UAAUAAUUAGUAUUGUGCCUGUAGGCGACAGUACAGCGUGUACAUGUAUGACUGGCGUGCGACUUCUAUUGUACGUAUAGAUAACGACUAGGGCAUAAUCAUUUUAGGAACGUUUUGGUUCUGGCUGCGGUCAGUGUGGUGCUGAAGCGCGAUAUGUCGGAUUUAUUGCUCAGCCAAUCUGGGUCCACGGUCUUGGAGAGUGAUUUAAAAAUAAACGUCUGCAGUUGUGCAAACAGUGCGUUCUGAAUGAUUCACCGUCCAUUCCGGUCAAUUUCAAAGCAUAAUAAAUCAACAGUCGGGCUAAUAAAAUACCUGUAAAACCAGUGUUAUCUAAUACGCGAGGUAAAGCGCAAAUAUAAUUUUUCUUUCAAACGUAAGUUUAGCGAAGACUAGAAUGUUUUCCGAGCGGCUGAUCGCGGCUGGUAUUCGUAUAAUUUAUAAGUGAAAACUAAUCUUUUCUGUUAAACAGCUCAAAGAUUUGUUACAAGAAUGUGCAGAAUCUGAGCCGUGCGAGUAUAUGUACGUCCUUCAUUAAGACUUUCGAAUUCCUUGUUCUUGUCGCUCACUGACUGGUAUUCGUUAAAUUGAAAGCACACGCAUACCUGACUACAAGUCUUGCCCAUUCGCUCUUGGCCUGUCGCGGCAUAAAGUUUGCAAGGCGAAGAGCAUUCCAAGUCACACCUUACGGACACACGAAGAACGUGCCUCGAUAAUAUUAUACGAGAUAUUAUGUAUGUGUGUAUACGUAUACAAUACGCAUAUACGUGUAGCCUCAACUUUCAUCCGAAACCUGCGGGAUCGUCGUAAAACUGGUUUUACCUGAAUGUCGGGCUUCGCCGUUCUUAAUACUUUUAUCUUUAAUAGUAUCGUUGCAAUUCCGACGAUAUUGCAGAGAUUCGUAAGAUAGCCGUCCGCUCGUAUUACCCCUGACAGCGGAUAUACCUUUGGCUGCGCACGCGGAUACGUGCUAUUGAACAAUACGAUAAACAUAUGUGAUAUGCUAUCUCUGGAUGAGGAAAAAUUGUGCUCAUUUAUUUGAGUUGGUAAUCUCAAAUUUUCAACACCGACAUGCGUUGUUUAUUUCAACUCGUAUAUGGGUUAAGUCGCAUGAACCGCUUAACGCUGCAGGAUAAAUACUCGGGUCAGAAUAAUGUAUAAUGGAAUUGCGCAGCAGUCAGAGGAGUAUGCCACCUGUGAAAAGCUCAACAGCCACCAACCAUGGAUACGAAACUACCUUCGAAGAAACCACCAAACCAGUCAGUAACGAUGAGUACGGACAGUUUCAAUCGAAGGAUCCGAUUAUGGUCGUUUCCACGCACAAAGGGAAUAAUGCUUCAGGCGGCGGAGCGAUUCCUCAGAGCGUCAAGGUCGACCAUCCAACCUCUUACGUAGGGACGCUGAUGCAUCUAUUCAAAGGCAACGUCGGUGCUGGAAUGUUCGCCCUUGGAGAUGCCUAUAAAAAUGCCGGUCUGAUACUGGCACCACCGUUGACCAUAAUCCUUGGCGUUAUAUGUGUCCAUGCUCAACACAUCUUGCUUCGUUGCAGCGAAGAAAUGUCUAGGCGGCUCGGGAACGAUGCUGUGCAAAAUCCGGGCUUUGCCGGAACCGUGGAACUAUGUUUCGCUACAGGGCCGCUCAAGUUGCGGAAAUAUUCCACCACAAUGAGAAAGUUGGUCAACUUAUUCCUGUGUACGACGCAACUAGGAUUUUGUUGCGUUUACUUUGUAUUCAUUUCUUCAAACGUGAAACAGGUGAUGGACGUACACGGACUAGAAUGGGACGUGCAUGUGCACAUGGCUGUGGUGCUUAUUCCAAUACUUCUCACUACUUGGGUGCGGAAUCUAGAAUACAUGAUCCCGAUAUCCUCGGUUGCGAAUUUCCUUAUGGUGGGAGGAUACGCUUGCACGAUCUACCUUUUAUCGUACGACUUGCCAUCGAUUACACGGGAACGUAAAUACAUCGCAUCUUGGAAUACACUUCCGUUGUUCUUUAGCACGGUUAUCUACUCUUUCGAAGGUAUCAGUCUGGUAUUGCCUUUGAAGAAUGAGAUGAAGAAGCCUCGCAACUUUGACAAACCCCUGGGUGUAUUGAACGUAGGGAUGGUUCUAGUGUCAGUCAUGUUUGUUUCGACAGGUUUUCUAGCUUAUCUCAAGUAUGGUGAUCUCGUUGAAGGAUCCGUGACCCUAAAUCUUGACAAAAAGCAAAUAUUAUCCCAGUGCAUUAAAAUAGCCAUCUGCUUGGGAAUACUGUUCUCAUAUGCCCUACAAUUUUACGUGCCUGUUGAAAUUAUGUGGCCGUUGAUAAUUAAUAAAUUUGGGCCUUUUCGAAGUCCUGCUGUUGCUGAGAUUGCCUUUCGGUCAGCUCUCUGCAUUUUUACGUUCGCCCUGGCAGCGGCUAUCCCCCGACUCGACCUAGUCAUAUCUUUGGUGGGUGCUGUAAGUAGUACCGCGUUGGCGUUACUAUUUCCUCCGAUCAUCGAGAUGGUAGUAGGCUGGCAGGACUCGACCCUUAGCAUCUGUACCUUUGCCAAGGAUAUCCUGAUUAUAGUAAUAGGUAUUUUGGGAUUUUUCAUGGGAACCUAUGAGAGUAUAAACUCUAUUAUUCAGGCCUUCCACAAUUCUAACAUUUAGGUCGCAUUACAUAAUUGGUACAUAAACGCUAUACAUUUCUCUAUGAAGGACAUGUGCGUAUAAGAGUUUAGGUUAAUAAAAAAGGAAUGUUUCAGCAUUUUUUGAUAUAAUGUUAUGAAUAAAAUUAGUUUUUACAAUAGUA